UCGUUUAUAGACUUUUUGCAGUCUAUAAUAACGCGUCUCAUCUAGGAGACUAGGACUAAACUCUUGUAAAUUCAUGUUCCCCCCAUUCUGAAAAUAUUACACGGCAAAUUAAUAUAUAUCGGAUCGCAAUCAAUGUCAGGCUACCCGCACAACGCUCCCGGCUCCGGCUACGGCUACGGUCAACCUUACGGCGCUCCACCACCAUCUCAAUCUCAACCAUACGGGUCACACCAACCACCAACGGCUCAACCCUACGCCGCGCCACCCUCUCACGGCUCCAAACCUGAUAAACCCCCUAAAGAUACCCACACACAACCAUACGGGGCCCCGCCCCAUCCACAAUCACAUGGGUAUGGUGCACCGGGUCAUGGGCCGUCGGGUUAUCCUUCAAGUUCAAGCCCAUUUGCGUCGUUGUUACCAUCGACUUUUCCACCGGGUACUGACCCGACUGUGGUAGCGUGUUUUCAAGUAGCGGAUCAAGAUGGGAGUGGUUUGAUUGAUGAUAAGGAACUUCAAAGGGCUUUGUCUUCUUAUAAUCAGAGUUUUAGUCUUCGUACUGUUCAUCUUCUUAUGUAUCUCUUUACUUCCUCAAAUUCCCGCAAAAUUGGUCCCAAGGAAUUUACUGCUCUGUUCUACAGCCUGCAAUCCUGGAGGGAAAUAUUUGAGCGAUAUGAUAGAGAUAGGAGUGGCAAGAUAGACGUAUCAGAGCUGCGUGAUGCACUGUAUGGCCUUGGAUUUUCUGUUUCUCCUGUAAUAUUGGAUUUGCUUGUCUCUAAGUUUGAUAAGACUGGGGGAAAGAGCAAGGCCAUUGAAUAUGAUAACUUCAUCGAGUGCUGCCUCACUGUGAAGGGUCUAACCGAGAAGUUCAAGGAGAAGGACAAGAAUUACAGCGGCUCAGCGACUUUCGCUUAUGAGGAAUUCAUGCUCACUGUUCUACCCUUUCUAAUUGCAUAAAGGAUAGCCAAGUUCCUUUCCUAUUAAUUGAUUGUAUAAUUAUGAUGUAUGUAAAUCUCAUGCUUUCAAGCUUGGAUCUUUCGGUUUUCUUGAUUAUAUAUUACUAAAAUCUUUGUUCAA